AUGGAAGGAUGCUUUGAGAUUUUAAUACCAAAGAAUGAUCUUAUAAUGGACGAUGGGACUGCUAUAGAUUUUGAUGCGUUAUUAAAGGGAGAAAGAAUAAUAGAAAACGAAGCAGAAAAUCCUGAUACAUACAAAGAUAGUAUUUUAUCUCAUGGAUUAGGCUCAAAUAGAUAUAAGAUUACAAUCGACAUGUCCGAGGAUUCCUUAUUAGAAGACAUAAAGGAAACAUAUGAAAACAAGAUUAUUUUUGAUGAAUUGAGAGAGGCAUAUAGCAUUUUAAUGACAAAGCACAUGAAUCAACUAAAUACAUGGUUAAAUACACUUAUCAGAAUGGAUGCCAUGCCAAAUAAAAUUGAAAAAGAAAAGAUAGUAAAAGAAUUAGUUAGCCUAAAGGCACAAGCUACAGAAGAUAUAGAAAAGGCAAAAUUAUUAAAAAUCGAAAUAAUUCCACAAGAAGAAAGAAAAAAGCUUGAUAUGACAGAUAUUAAAGAAGAAGAAGACGAAGACGAUGAAUUUGAGGAUGAGUUAUUUGAAGAAAUAGACUUGCAUCAGACGAAAUCUAAAAGAGAUGAAAAUACACUUAAUAGUUCAAAAUUACCUCCAUUACAACGCAUUUUCCCUUUAUCUUAUGAGCCAAGCAUGAUGGAAGAUGUCACUUAUAGUGGUCCACCCAUGAUACAAAAUAAUGAUAUAGAGUAA